ACCUUCUCCAAGAGCUAGUUGUUAUUAGGGUUUCUGGCUUUCUGCCGUUCUCUCUCCUCUCAACCGUCGCCGCGGAGCAGCCAAGCCAAGGAAGAAGAAGAUCAAGAUGCCUUCACACAAGUCCUUAAUCAUCAAGAAGAAGCUUGGCAAGAAGAUGAGGCAGAACAGGCCCAUCCCUCACUGGAUCCGUCUCAGGACUGACAACAAAAUCAGGUACAAUGCUAAGCGCAGGCACUGGCGCCGCACCAAGCUCGGGUUCUGAGGUUCUUCGCCCCAAUUCUCAAUGGCAUCUUUCAAUUUUGAUAGGGGUUUUAGAUUUGAUGUUUAUUGCUUAGUAUAUGUAAGAACUCUUAAGAGUCUAUCUUUCUGUCUCCGGACGUGUGUUUUUUCACGAAUCCUUUAUUAACUUCUGGUGAUGUUCAGAAUUUUUAUGUUUUCUGAUUUGGUUCUUAACACUUAUGAUACCAUGUUUGAUGCUUUAAUCCACAUGGGUUUUGUUAAAGCUUGAUUCUAGAAGCCAUUAGCCUGAAUUUGAUCAGGUUGAGAUGUCAA